AUGCGCGGCCUCGGAGAGAGCACAGAAACAAUCAGGCGCGUCAGCCACGACGCCGGAGAACACGUCCACCGCGCCUGGCAGGGAUUCAUCGACUUCGCAGCGCGCGACAACGUCCUCGAAGUCGCGUUGGGUUUGAUCAUCGCGCAGGCCUUCACGGGCGUCGUCAACUCGUUUAUUUCGGAUGUCGUUCUCCCCAUCGUUUCGCUUCUGCCGUUUAUUAUGAAGAAUAUGGAUGAGAAGUUUGCGAUUUUGUCAAAGGGCCCGCAUUAUCGUGAGUGGAGGGGGUAUAACACCCUGGAGCAGGCGCGGGACGACGGGGCGCUUGUUUUGGCGUAUGGUGUCUUUCUGGAAAAGGCUAUCAAUUUUCUCGGUAUCAGCUUGACCUUGUAUGCGCUGGCGCAGUUGUACAUGGUCAUCUCGCAUGAUAAGAUCGUUAAGCGGCAGAUCAAGUGUAAGUACUGCCUCAAGUGGAUCAGUGAUAAGGCGCUACGAUGUGCAAACUGUUCGACUUGGCAGGAUGGGAGGGAGGACUGA